CGCAGUCUCUCGGCCAUGUACGGCGGGCGGGCGAGCGCGGCGGAGGCCGGGCCGGCGGCGGCGCCGCGGACGAUACUGGCGGUCGGCGGUGUGGGGACGCUACCCUCGGCGGCCCCGGGUCCGAGCGGCGGCGGAGGAGGCAAGAGCGAAGGUGGCGGCAAGAGCGAAGGUGGCGGCGGCCGCGUGGAGCUGCUGGUCUUCGGCUACGCCUGCAAGCUGUUCCGCGACGACGAGAAGGCGCUGCAGCAGGAGCAAGGCCGCCACCUCAUCCCUUGGAUGGGAGAGUCCUCCAUCAUGAUCGAUAGGUAUGAUGGGCGUGGUCACCUGCACGACCUUUCUGACUAUGAUGCUGCGUAUUCCACGUGGAACAGAGAUUACCAAUUGUCUGAAGAGGAGGCUAGAAUAGAAGCCCUCUGUGAUGAAGAGAGGUAUUUAGCCUUGCGUACAGACUUGCUUGAGGAGGAGGCAAGGCAAGAGGAAGAAUAUAAGAGGCUGAGUGAAGCUUUGGCAGAAGAUGGUACCUAUAAUGCAGUGGGAUUCACAUACAGUAGUGAUUAUUAUGACCCUUCAGAACCCACUGAGGAGGAAGAGCAGCCUUCAAAAGGAAAAGUUGCUACAGCCAAGCCAGAAAAGGUAGAAGAAAAUGAAGAACCUUUUAUUGCCCCUUUGGGACUGACCGUACCUUCUGAUGUGGAGCUGCCGCCGACAGCGAAAAUGCAUGCGAUCAUAGAGCGGACUGCAAAUUUCGUCUGCAAGCAGGGAGCCCAGUUUGAGAUUAUGCUGAAAGCAAAACAGGCACGGAACUCUCAGUUUGACUUCCUGCGAUUUGACCACUACCUCAACCCUUACUACAAAUUUAUUCAGAAAGCUAUGAAGGAGGGGCGAUACGCUGCGCCUUCAGAAAAGAAAAAAGAGGAAGAAAAAAAUGCAGGGAAUUCUGAUGAAGAUGACGACGAUGACGACGGAGAUAACUACCUGCAUCCAAGCCUCUUUGCUUCUAAAAAGUGCAGUAGACUUGAAGAGCUUAUGAAGCCUUUAAAGGUGGUGGAUCCCGACCAUCCGCUGGCAGCUCUCGUUCGCAAGGCGCAGGCUGACAAUAACUUGGCUGCCCCUCAACCAGCUGAGGGAGCAGCUGUUCAAUCAUCACAAAUAGAAUACUCUUCAGAUCCAGCUGUGGCAGCCAUGUAUUACAGUUACUACAUGUUGCCGGAUGGAACGUAUUGCCUCGCCCCUCCGCCCCCCGGAAUUGACAUGGCCACUUACUACAGCGCACUGCCGGCCGGAGUGACUGUGUCUAGCACAACUGGAGUAGCCACAAUCACAGCACCCCCGCCUCCUGGCACCACGCCGCCGCCCUCAUCUUCGGAAACAACUGACGACGGCGGUGGAGUAAUACCUGCCACAAAUACUUCCUCCAGCACAAUUCCUCCUGUGGUUGCCAUCAUACCUCCACCUCCUGACAUCCAGCCUGUAAUUGACAAGCUUGCUGAAUACGUGGCAAGGAAUGGGAUUAAAUUUGAGACCAGCGUUCGUGCCAAGAAUGAUCCAAGGUUUGAGUUCCUGCAGCCUUGGCACCAGUACAAUGCCUACUAUGAAUUUAAGAAACAAUUCUUCCUUCAGAAAGAGGCCAGCGACAGCUCAAAGCAGGUAGCAUCUUUAUCUGAGGAUGUCCCUGCAGAUGAUGCCAGCACGGUAUCCGGAGAAGCUCAGUUUCCCACGGACAACACUUCUGAAGAUGGAGAGUCUCCUAACCAGGGAAACAAUAAAAAUGACUCCGGCAUCAUCAAAAUUGUCAAUGAUGGCAAAAUGAUGAAAGCCUCCUUUGCACCAAUCAGCUUUGCCAUCCGGGCCAAAGAAACAGACAUGCUCCCCUUGGAGAAGAACCGGGUGAAACUUGACGACGACAGUGACGAGGAAGGGGAAGAAGGCAAGGAAGGCCAGGAGAACGCAAGUAGCACCUCAAACAGCAGCGCAGCGUUUGCCGCCUCCAGCAAUGCUCCUGAAGAAAGGAAGCCUCCGCUCACGCAGGAAGAGCUGGAAGCCAAGCAAGCAAAGCAGAAGCUAGAGGACCGGUUGGCGGCUGCAGCAAGGGAGAAGUUAGCUCAAGCUUCCAAGGAGUCGAAAGAGAAGCAGCUCCAGGCGGAACGGAAAAGGAAAGCCGCCCUCUUCUUACAGAACCUGAAGAAUCCUUUGGCAGACUCCGAGGUUGAGAAAAUGGAGGAGAAUGCCUACAACAUAGAGGCGGUCAGUAACAUGCCAUGUGCUCUGCUGACGGGCAUCAGGACGUUGCCAACCUUGGAAGCAAAAAUACCCGAAAGGCCUUCCAGCAAAAGCAGAGAUCUUCCCCGAGAGGAAGAGAAGGAAAAGAAGAAAAAGAAGCACAAGAAAAGAUCCAGGACAAGAUCUCGGUCACCUCCUUCCAAGUACCACUCAUCGUCUAAGUCCAGAUCUCGAUCGCAUUCAAAAGCCAAACACUCGCUUCCCACCGCCUAUAGAACUGUCCGGCAUUCCAGACUCCCAGAAUCCACAGGGACAUUGAACAUGGCGCCAUGGCUGAGCAGCCCAUCAAUGGGAGCAGCAGCAGAGUACGGGAAUUCUCAGGCAGCCUCGACAACGCAAAGAUUUGACUGCCGGAGCUCUUUAGAGGGAAAUCCUGGUAAAACGUCAAGGUCUCGCUCGAGAUCACCAAGGAGAAGGGCACACACACCCGAAAGGCGUAGAGAAGAGAGGAGCGUCCCAACAGCGUAUCGCGUCAGCAAUAGUCCAGGAAUGAGCCGGAGGCACACACGUUCCAGGAGUCCUCAUGAAAAGAAGAAAAGGAGAUCUCACUCACACACCAAGUCCAAAGCGAGGUCUCAUUCCCCCUCUGCCUCACCUGGCAAGCAGUCUGCACACAAGAACGCUGCCCAUUCCAACAGUGUCUCUCCUGUGGAGAGUAGGGGAUCCAGUCAAGAACGUUCCGGGGGCGUUUCUCUGGAAAAGGACGGCCAGAUCUCUUCUGCAAUUGUGUCAUCUGUACAGAGCAAAAUAACUCAGGACCUUAUGGCUAAGGUGAGGGCAAUGCUUGCAGCUUCCAAAAACAUCCCCACCAGCGCAUCCUGAGACCGGAAGGACUCUUUAGAAGGUUGAGUACAGAUGGAAACUUGAUUCAGACGGGUUCCAGCUUCCUUUUGUCCAGCAGCAGAUUUCAUGAAGCUAAAAUCCUUGCUAUGUACAGAAGACGUUGCCCUUGAAACUUGGAUGGAUCUUCCAUGUGGAACUUCCUUUUGAUAAAACAGCCUUUUGGGGUUUUGUAAAUUACGUUUUGGCGGUGUUCUUCAGUAAGAAUUUUAACACGAGCGGUGUUUGUAUAUUUGUAAAUACAACGUUCCUGAAAGUGUCACGCAAAUAAAAAUGCAGAUAAACACUUUUUAUUAGCUAAA